UUAAUUAUUGUCCGAAUCAUUAUUGUUGGCAUGUUCUUACCAAAAAAAAAUUCGGUAGUCUAUGGAACUAUGAGAGUAGAAUCACAAUUAGGUAGUUUUGAAUAUAAAAUAACGUAGGUUUUUCCACUACGAAAUUUGAAUAAUUUAUACUACGAAAGUGAGUUCAGCAUGGCUGAGAAACUGUAGGAGUAUGGGACCGGGGUUUUUCAGUAUUUUUUCGAACAUCACUCAAUACCUCUUCAAUAUCUUUCUUAGCAUAGAAGUAUAUCCACAUUUCUGAGCAGAUUAGGUUAAUUUGUAACUCCAAUAGAUUCGCUAAUCGUAUUAAUUUGAAGCUUACAUAGUGAUGGAUGAGUAGAAUACUCGACUUAUCGACUUUUAUUAAUCUAAACAUUCUGGAAAUCGAAGUACAAUUACGACUGUUGACAUUUUUUUUAAUAGAAACGUUAAUGAAUCAAAUAAAUCAAUUAUGGGUGCAUUUUGAUGUGUUGACAUAUUAUUCCAACUAAUGACAUCCUUAUGGCUUAGAACUUUAGGAACUGAAUAAUUUAAGAGAGAUUGAACAAUUUAUUGAAUAACCUAUUACGGUAACAAGCACCAAUUUAAGACUAGAUUGAUUUCAUAGUGGAGAAAAACCACCCCAUUAAGAUGCUUAAGUGUUAGAAGAUAAAGGAUAUGAUAAUAAUCUCCGCGAUGCUCGAUUGUUAGCAACUUCAAAACCGUCGAAUUCUGAUCUCUUUGAUCUAAGGCCGUAAAACCGGCUAUCCAUAUAAUAAGUAGGCUAUGGUAAGCACGUAUAAUCUCAUUUUACCAAAUGCUAGGUACCACUGAAGAGGUUCCGCAUGAAAUCAGUCUUGACUAUCAAUGUUAACCGAAGUGAACGAUCAAUAUCCAUUCGAAUCAAGUUAAAAAAUUGCAGAAUCCAAGUAACAUGUCUCAGUUCACUUUGGAUCGCGAGUCAAGCCUUUUGAGGAAGGCAAUUUCUAAAAUAAGUACUGAAUAUAGAUUUCAGUUUGCAUGGCCAAGUGGACACAUAUCUAGAAGAGAUGCAGCCGGUUGCACUUCUGACUCCCCUAGGAAAUCGAAAUCGUUGGGUGCUCUGAAACCUUCAGCAAAUGCUAUAAUACAUAGGAAACGAAUAGAUAUUGGAAAUGCUAGUGAGUUAGAGCCCCUAUUCGAUGAGAAACCGGAAGAAUUCAAUACCGAAUAUAAGAAGAAAUUUCGACCAUUCUCAGAGUUGUACUCUGAAGGGAAAUUCCCCUUGAAAAAACCUUGUCCUAAUAAAGACGAGCCUGAUGGUCCAGGCUCUUCUUUUGUCAAUGGGGACAAUACUAAUGAUUCCUGGUAUAGGGAAGUAGUAGAAUUAAGAAAGAAGGCUGUGGAAUACAGGAGUCGAGGUUGGGGUAGUGACGUCACCAAUGACAAGUUCAAUGAUAUUUUCCAUAAGCAAGUUGAAUUGUGGGAUCAAGUAUCUCGUAGAAGUUCCUUAUCAGCUCUAUCGCUAGCUUCAGUGCCACACAAGAGUUUCUCCAAACGAGAAAAGGAUGAAGACAAUAAUAAACGCAGCUCACCAACAAAGGCAGAUAGAAAUGCUGAGAACUCGGCAAGACUCAUUCGAGAUAUAGUUAAGCAUCAUUUGGAAAGAACCACCGGGGGAUCUGAGUUCGACGGUUUGAUACUUUCACCAACUAGGGAGAAAUUAGAGCCGACAAUACCAAGGAAAGAUGACGAUUCUAGGGGAUCCACCAAAAACAGCCCGAAAAAAAUCUCACCAAUGAAAUCUUCUUCUUUGAAACGAAGCCAUCAGAGAACAUCGAAAAGUCCUAGAAACGUACGAUCUCAAUCAGUAGGACCUACAACUACUGAGUCGACUGGAGAGAAGAAGUCGCCAAAGAGGCAAUCCAGGUCUGCCAUAGUGAAAGAGAGGAAGCCAACUCCAAAUGGACAUUCAUCCAGCAGAAAACAAAGACCUUCGUCCUUGAACACAACAGCCUCAUCCCGAUCUAAAUCUAGUUCGGUUACAUCAAAAAAUGAAGACGAUAUAUUGGCCAAAGCAAAUACAAAAAAUUCAUUAGAAUCAUCUAAGUCAAAAGUAUGCACUAAAGACGUAAGACAAGGACUUUCUGGAGCUGACACAGUCAAAGCUGAGCCAGCUAAUGAGGAAGAAAAGGUGGAGGAUGAACCAGUCGUGGAAAAAGAAGAACAAAUUUACAAUGCUGAACCUGUAGUUAAAUCACCACCAGAACCAACCCGAGUGAAAUCUCCUGAGCAAAUUCUGAUGAAAUCUCCUGAUCCAGUCAACUGGACCGUUCCAUUAGAUACAGGGAAAACUUUCACCGUUACCCAGAAUAUUAGAGAUGAUGACCUUGUGAGUCGUCCACAUAGUGAAGUAAAGGCAUGGACUCCUUCUGAACAACCACUACCCGUAGCCCAAUCAGCUCCUCCAUCCUUAGUUGAUAUCGAAACAGGCCGCGAAUCAUCUUAAGUGGGUCGUUUUCAGCUUACAUUUUUAAAGUUUGGUUUUAUUGCUUCAAAUAUGGAUUAGUUGAAGAAGUUAAAUCUCGGGACAGAGCAGAGCGAUCGCUGUAAAGCUGGGAUCCACCUGCUACCGGUAGUUUAGUUAACUUUCAUCACUAAAGUGACGAAAGCACACAAGGACUUAAUAUAAAAUUUUAGUAGGUAGAUGUCGUCGCCCCAAUGAGUGGCAAAAUAUGGCUUCAUCUCAUUUUUGACAAGAAGAAUAAUUGGUGUAAUAAUUUAAGUAAUUACUCGAAUUCCAAUUUGUGGAGUGGAAAUUUCGUAAUGAAAUUUUUUUUUACAAAACCUUUCGUGUUCUUGUUUUAUUACAAGAACAGAGAUCAGGUUCCAUAGAGGAAUAAUAUUCUGCCUGUCGAGGAAUAUUCCAAGAUAGAUGAUUCCGUCUAUGAGUAGACCUUUUUUUGAUGGGGCUAUAGAGAAUGUUUAUACUCAAUUCAUUAUUUCAAGGUGCUAAUCACUUGUAUUAGGGUAACAUUAGAAAAGUCCACAGGGUCAUAGCAAGCUAUAGAGAGAUACAACGUAUAACGUCUCUUUGCCUUUUUUAUAUACCGCAACUAGCAAGUGACUUAUUGCAGAAUAGCUAAUAGAAUUAUUUGAAGAAUUGAAAUAUGUUUAUGCUGAUAAAAUAUUGUUCCGCCCUUUUCAGACUGAUUAGAGAGAGGAAACUUUUUACAUCAAGACAGGGUCAUAAUUUCUUUCCUCCUUCCUUGAUUAUUUUUUUUUUAAAUGCCUAUACUCGCUCCAAGAGUAAUUUCUUAAUUAGCUGUCUUGCUAUGGCUCUGUUUAUAUUUUACCUAUAUGUUCGAUUCAUGCAGUCGAUAUGUGGAUAUUAAAAUCAUUUUUUCACUUCUAAUAAUCUAUACUUCUCGUAUAUUCAGUCUGAUACUCGAUAAAAUCAGCGAUUUAAAAAUUUUCUUGUUUUUAUGUGUUCGCCUACCCCUCAACUUAGAGCCUUUAGAGGGUUGACUGGAAUGAAAAUAUUUGCAGAUUUUUUUAGAAUAUCUAAGCUUAAUCGAAUAUUGUUAGCCCUUGUAAAAACAGGGAAAGUUGAUUAUUGUUUUACUUCUUCGUAUAGGUAAAUGUGUUUAAAUGCUGAAUUUUAUAUUAAUUUUAGCGUACAUCGAACGCACUUGUAUACCUUACUCAAAACAGAACAAGAUUGGUAGAAUAGGAUGCUCUCUCAAAUGAAAAAAAAACUUGCAAUGAAUGUGAUAUGUAGAGUAUUUUGAACGUUGUUGGCGAAUAUUGGACUAUAGGAAAUCUACCAAUUUUGUGCUAAAACACUGCGUAUUUAAGAGUUAUUUAUUAUUUUCAUUCAAGAGAAUAUAUAUACACAUAUAUUAUAUGAAUAUAUA